AUGGUACGAACGAUUGACCUCUUGAAUGGUGACUUUACGGUCCACAUUGACCGAAUGACGGGCGCUGUCUUAGAGAUUGUGGACCCUUCUGCCGACAUUCCACUCAACUGGGUCAGUUCCCCAGCUAAUGCACCCUGGCAGCCACUGGGGAGUCGCUGGGGACUAGGCUUCGCGGACCUUGGUGCCAAUUUACUGCAUCGGGUGCACUGGAACAGUCCGCACAUCGAAUCCUCGGCUGAGCACAAUGCCACGGACGCCAAAUACUGUUACGGCCCACUAGAGGUCCUUGUGCGCCGUCGUCUUGACAGUCAAAAUGGUUCCUUCACAGAAACCUUCGAGUUCACGAACAGGGGAACAUCAUCGCUUAAUCUAGCUGCGAAAGGCGAGCAGUCCUUGGCGAUUUACACGCCAUUCAACGACCACUACACCAACACCACUGAUUCCUUGGAAAACCGGACGCAUGCACAUGUCUGGGCGCAUGGAGGCUGUUCAUCAUGGGUUAAGCUUAGUCAAAUGGGCGGUCGCGGCCGUGACUUAGGCCUCGUUCUGACGCGAGGAGCUUUGUCGGGAUACAGCAUUGAGUCUCGAGAUGAAGUAACCCACUCGAACACUCGGGGCGUCUUUCUUCUUCACCCGUCCAUCCCGGUGCUGCAGCCGGGCGACUCCAGUGUCGUCGAGUGGACCUUGUUCUGGCAUUGCGGUUGGGACGACUUUUUCUCUCAAUGUGCCCGUCGUUCGAGUCAGUUCAUCCAUUUCGACAUCCCAAAACACACUCUCGUCAGAGGGGAGAGCGCCACUAUCCGGAUGAGAGGUAGUUCAAAGGCCGUCAACUCCACAACUACAGUUAAUGGACGAGAGGUGCUACAGACGAAAGACGGCUUCCAUUUCGUUCAUGAUGCAGGAGAUUUUGGCGAGAAGACAUUGCGGAUUUCUACCGGAAAGGGGAACGACCGACGAGAAUCGCUCAUCUUCUUGAACACGGUCCCCAGCUACGAUGACCUGAUUAGAAGUCGAAUCAGAUUCAUUGUCGAUCACCAACAAGUCAUGGACACUAAUGAUUUCUUAUAUGGUGCCUACAUCGUCUUCGACAACCAAGCAGAGGCGCCCCCGUUCUACGAGACUCAACAGGAUCGAAACGCAGGGCGCGAGCGAGUGGGGAUGGGUGUUCUGAUUGGUCGAUGGCUGAAGAAACAUCCCGAUGCUAGAUUGCAGGAGUCAUUUUCGGCGUACUACUCCUUCGUAUGCACAAAGCUUCAAGACAAGAACGGGUUCGUCUACGACGCGCCAGUUGGGACAGGUACUAGCAACCGGAAGCGCCUCUACAACUGGCCAUGGGUUCUGCAACUUCACUUGGUAGCUGCUGCAAUCGGUAUCCCGGCCGUUUUGGGUAAAGCUCCCAUGGAGAGGUUCAUGAUGACCCUUGAGAACUUCUAUGCUGAAGGUGGCGAGUCACUCUAUGCUAUUGGGCUGCCCGUACUCGAGGGACUUCGAAUGCUUCAGGUUUCAGGGGACGAGAAGUCACUUGGGCGAGCCAGAGAUCUAUUCAUCGGGCACGGGCACAAUAUCCUUAGGCGUGGAACGAAUUAUCCCCCGUUUGAAGUUAAUUUUGAGCAGUCUAUUGUUGCGCCUGCAGCGAACAUUCUGUUCGAACUGUAUCGAUCAACAGGGGAUAAAACUUGGCUUGAUGGCGCCCAGGCUCAACUAGAGGUUCUUCUCAGGUUCGCCGGAAAGCAGCCGGACUACAGAGUUCAUGACGUCGCCAUUCGACACUGGGACGGGCAUUGGUUUGGGAAAGAUCGCAUGUGGGGGGAUACAUUUCCUCACUAUUGGAGUACUUUGGAUUCGAUUGCCCUGCAUCACCAGAGCAAGGCAACUGGAGAUGCAAGGGCUCAGAAACAAGCCGACGGGAUCCUUCGAGCUAACAUGGCACUCUUUACCCCUGAAGGAAGAGGGUCCUGCGCCUGGAUUUAUCCCACGUCCGUGAACGGGAGAGCCGGACACUACAAGGAUCCGUAUGCGAAUGAUCAGGACUGGGCACUCGCCCAUCUCUUACAAGUCGAGGAAGACAACAUGUUGUCGGUUUAG